AUGAAGAUUGCAGUGGAGGGAUGCAGCCACGGCGCGCUGGACGCGAUCUACAAGCACCUAAGUGAUCUAGAGGCUAGACACAGCUAUAUUGUAGAUGUACUCCUUAUGUGCGGGGACUUUCAAGCUAUUCGUAAUCACAGAGAUAUGCAAUGCAUGGCCGUACCACAGAAGUACAGGCAGCUAGGUGAUUUCCACAAGUACUAUACAGGAGAAAAGACCGCUCCGCUACUUACUAUCGUGAUAGGUGGAAAUCACGAGGCGUCAAAUUACAUGUCAGAACUGUAUCAUGGCGGGUGGCUUGCACCAAACAUAUACUUCCUCGGACAUGCCGGAUGUAUCCAAGUGAACGGUAUCCGUAUCGCUGGCGCGUCUGGAAUCUUCAAAAAUAAUGAUUUCAGUCUAGGUUUUUACGAACGAUUACCUUACGAUCAUGGCUCCAUGCGAAGUAUAUACCACAUCAGGGAAUUUAACGUUCGCCGUUUGUCUUUGUUAUCCUCCCCAGAUAUCUUCCUUUCUCAUGACUGGCCCCAACACAUCGAGAAACAUGGUGACACUCAGGGUCUCCUUCGCCGCAAGCCAUUUUUCAAACAGGACGUACAGACAGGCAACCUGGGUUCCCCUCCUUUAAUGGGGCUCUUGCGGACACUGAAACCAAAAUGGUGGUUCUCAGCCCAUUUGCACGUUCGCUUUCAGGCUACCGUGCACCACGAAGAAUCCGGCACCAGAUCGAAUUCCCCGUCCAAUACUUUCCCGCCACAAAACCCAGAUGAAAUAGCAAUCGUGGAUGAUGAUUUCGAAGCAGUUGAACCUCAGAAUCUUCCAACUGAAGUUCCUCGUUUGCAAACGGCUUCCCAUAACCCUGAUGAAAUAACGCUGGAAGAAGAAGAAGACGAAGUUAUCCAGCCCCCUCCCGUUGCUUAUCGGCCGCAGCCAUCUGUGACGAAUUUCCUGGCCUUGGACAAAUGCCUGCCAAAACGAGAAUUCAUGGAGGUCAUCGAUGUGCCUACCACAUCGGAUGGAUCUGCCAUGCCUGGACAACGCUGUAUGCCGAAGCUCACCUUUGAUCCGGAAUGGCUGGCAAUAACACGCGCUUUUCAUCCAUUCCUCUCCAUGAGGCGACGUCAAGCAGAUUAUCCUGAUGAAGCAACAGCUCGCGCGAAGGUCGCUGAAGAGAUGGAGUGGGUGGAGUCGAAUGUGCGCAACAACGAAGCAAACUCUUCUGAUGCCCCUCUACCUGGUAUACGAUCCAUCCUGGAUUGCCAGACAUUCAUGCAGAGCGCCCCUGGUCCUGGAAGUGAAGGAGCUCAAAAGAACCAACAACCACCUUGGUACACUAACCCUCAAACUGUCGCAUUUUGCGAUAUGCUCGACAUUCAAAAUAUGAUCGAUUUCUCUUCCGACAACCGGGCCUAGGAAGCCUCUUGAUAGCAUUCCACAAGAAACAUACAAGCGUUGAGAAGGGGUGACAUCCUGUGACAUCUUGGUAUCAUUCCUUCCCACGCCAUGUGUUCCUUUAUCACACCAAACAAUACAUUGAACCAAGUACCUUCGUCCGAGUCCCUCGCUUCCCUGCAGUAUUCUCACUGCCAUUCUGGAAGGUUGCGUUCUACGUUUCUGAUGGAUCACUCUGAUUCACAUAUCCACUUGUUUCUCGAAAAUCCAGUACAGCAAGUGUGUAAUAUAUAGCCUAGUACAGCCUCUUGCGGGCCCGGCUGUGGCGUGUUUGAUAAAUGUAGUGGCAUGACGGCCUGUUUUCCUUGCUUUCACCGCCUGGAAUAACCCG